AAACACGAAGGUCCUGACGAACAAGGCGACACACUUUCCCAGCACAGCACCUUAAUCGUGAAGCUGAAAGGGCGCAAUCUGGCGCGCCACUUGGUGGGCCCUGCAGAACGCCAUCACGAUGCUGCGCCCCUUCAUGAAGGCCCUGCGCCUGCAGCGCUUUCAUUGGACAUGGUGGCUGGCGGUGCUCGCACUCCUGGCUCUCUGCGGCCAGGUAUUCGAGCUGAGCCUGGGGAUGAAAACCGUGCGCGCUGCUGAGCUGGAAGGGUUUGGGGAUGAGUGGGAGGAGGACGAUGAGCCCGCCCCAGCUGUCGUCGCUCCAAAGCCGCAUAUACAACAAGGGUAUCAGGCGAGCAGGGGCUCUAUACAGGGGUCGGAAGAGGAGGGGGAUGAUGAUGGUGACGAGGAUUUGCAAGUCGGAUCUGACAUGACGAUUAAGGCGGCAGGGGCCAAGAGGAGGCAGGAUGAGUGGGAUGAGGACGAAUUUGAAGGUGUUGAAGCAAUGGAGAAUGCGCAGCCGGUCACAAAACCCUCCGGCCAGUCCAAGGGGACUCCUAAAAAGCAAAAAACGGCCCCCGUUACGUCCUCUUCCGGCCCUAAAACGUAUUAUUACGAGGCGGUGGGGGUUGUGCUGCUGCUAGGCUACCUGGCAAACUAUUACCUGGGGGGAAAGCGCAACGAGAAGUUUGCUCGCGAUUUUGCGGCCGAGUUUGCGGACCCAGGCAAGAUUUUCCAUAAGAACUUUACUUUGCUCGGCGUGGGCACCGCGAGCGAGGGCGACCGCGCGCUCAUGACUAAGGAGGGCCAGGCAACAUUCAAGUUCUACGCGUCGGGCCGGCGCUUCUGCCACUCGCUGCUCGCCACCAUGCAGCUGCGCGCACGCCAGGACCUCGUCAUGAGCGCCAUCUCGGCUGUGCAGCCCGCGGCUGACCGCAUCCGGUUUGAGGUGUACAUGAACGAGGAGGACAUGGAGCCGUUCAUCUUCGCGCUGGCGCGCAAGCGCACCGCGAAAGUGAUGGUCAAGAACGAGAAGGACCUCCGGGAGUUUGCCGCGAUCGUGGACGCGCCGCGCCCGAAGCGCCUCGCAGAAGAGCUGACCAUUAUUGCGGAGAGCAAGGACCUGAUCGGGGAUCUGCUGCCCGAGGUGGUGCUGGAUCAGGCCCUCGGCGACAAAGCUUUUGCGACGCACGGCCGCUACUUCGUGUCAAUGCACUUCACCGACAAUGCGCCGCCGCCUUGGAAGAAGGCGCUCAGCUUCGUGUUCAACCUGCCGCCCGCCGAUAAGAUGGAGGACCUCACGCGCCUCGUUGCGAUGAUUCCCUUCUACAUCGACCUCGUUGGAAGGCUGCGCUUGACGCCCCAGCAACGCGCCAAGGCCGAGGAGCGGCGCAGCAAGACGGUGGAGGAGGACCACAAGGAGAAGAUGCGCAAGCAGGCGGAGCUGCUGGCCAAGAAAAAGGCCGAGAAGAAGGCCGCGGAGGACGAGGCGCUCGCGGGGCUGUCGCGCGAGCAGCAGCGCAGGGAAGAGGAGAAGCGAAGGAAAAAGGAGAUCGCAAAGAUGAUGCCGAAAGCGAAGAUCUCCCGCAGGUAGAUCCGUGAAGUGGAGGUUGACCGUACAGAUAGCUCAACUUGGGAGGAAACCUUGAGCUCGAUGCGGCUGUCGACAAGUACACUUGAUGCUAGAAUUUCGCAAGGCCGCCAAUGUGACGUGACUGUUGCGUCACGCACUUACAAUAUGCUGGGGUUAGGUUUAUUUUCCUGUGCACGCAUUGAGGCAGGCAGCUUGGCCCACAUCCGUAAACAAUGCUAAUACAAUGCAGCUCAUGCGAAGAGUUGCCGGGGUCCAAUAGCAUGAGCUAGCAAAAGCCAUGCGUUAGUGCGCGCAGCUUACAUGGUGCAUCUAGUAAACAUGAUCGUUCCGGCCGGGCCUGCUUCAACUGCAGCUCGCGCGUUUAUG